GGCCCGAAUGUCGUUAGCCGUGGGGAAAGAUGGCGGAAAAUUUAAAAGGUUGCAGUGUGUGUUGCAAGUCUUCUUGGAAUCAGCUACAGGACCUGUGCCGCCUGGCCAAGCUCUCCUGCCCUGCCCUGGGCGUCUCCAAGAGGAACCUCUAUGACUUUGAAGUCGAGUACCUGUGCGAUUAUAAGAAGAUUCGUGAACAGGAGUAUUAUCUGGUAAAAUGGCGUGGAUACCCAGAUUCAGAGAGCACCUGGGAGCCACGUCAAAAUCUGAAGUGUGUGCGUAUUCUCAAGCAGUUCCACAAGGACUUGGAAAGGGAGCUGCUCCGGCGGCACCACCGGUCAAAGCCUCCCCGGCACCUGGACCCAAGCUUGGCUAACUACCUGGUGCAGAAGGCCAAGCAGAGGCGGGCACUCCGGUGCUGGGAGCAGGAGCUCAAUGCCAAGCGCAGCCAUCUGGGACGUAUCACCGUGGAGAAUGAGGUGGAUCUGGAUGGUCCCCCUCGGGCCUUUGUGUACAUCAACGAGUACCGUGUUGGGGAGGGCAUCACCCUCAACCAGGUGGCUGUGGGCUGCGAGUGCCAGGACUGUCUAUGGGCACCGGCUGGUGGCUGCUGCCCUGGGGCAUCGCUGCACAAAUUUGCCUACAAUGACCAGGGCCAGGUGCGCCUGCGAGCUGGGCUGCCCAUCUACGAGUGCAACUCCCGCUGCCGCUGUGGCUAUGACUGCCCCAACCGAGUGGUACAGAAGGGUAUCCGCUACGACCUCUGCAUCUUCCGCACAGAUGAUGGGCGAGGUUGGGGCGUCCGAACGCUGGAGAAGAUCCGCAAGAAUAGCUUCGUCAUGGAGUACGUGGGAGAGAUCAUUACCUCAGAGGAGGCGGAGCGGCGGGGCCAGAUCUACGACCGCCAGGGCGCCACCUACCUCUUCGACCUGGACUACGUGGAGGACGUGUACACAGUGGAUGCUGCCUAUUAUGGCAACAUCUCCCACUUUGUCAACCACAGUGUGGGUACCCGGCAGGUGGGCAGGCGGGCGGGGAUCUGGAGGAGUAGGCUGGGCCCCACCUCACCCUCCCGCUGUUCUUUUUCUGCCCAGUGUGACCCAACCUCCAGGUGUACAACGUCUUCAUAGACAACCUUGAUGAGCGGCUGCCCCGCAUCGCUUUCUUUGCCACAAGAACC